AUGGGGCUUCGCCCUCUGCCCUUGGACGUGGUCCCUGAGCCCCGGAAUGGUUAUGUAGAAGCCACGACACAGCGCACCGCUCGCCCUGGCCGGGGGCACCUCGAGGCUCCGGCACCUGCUAACCACCCGCACCAGCCUCGGAAGCCUCCGCCAGCCACCUUUAAAAUCACCCCCUGGAGGCCCUGUGCCCUGCCAUCGGACACGAACGCCCCUGUGCGACUUCAUGCGGCGUGUGGGGGCCGUGGGGAGAAGCUGGUCCUGUCCCCUUCAAGGUCAGUGACAUUUGCGUACCUGAGCCCCGUCAGGAUCCCCGCUCUGGGGCGCCACUUCAAUGUCCUGCGGACACCCUCCCUCCAGACCCUCAAACCCACGAGGCGCACACUGAAGGCAACUAGAGAGAGGAGCCGAGACCACCCCAAGCCCGCAGCACACCGGGAAGUUGGCGUCCAGACGGGGCAGUCGCAGCACAGCGGGACCCUCAGCGGCAAGGCGCUUUUGUCCAGCGGGCUGCAGCCCAGUGGCGCCGGCCCCAGGUCCUCCCGCCCCCCGCCUCACCAGCUCCAGGCCUUGCAGGCAGGAGCAGAGACACCCUCAGUCUCAUCUUCCAAACCCUCUGUCCCACCCGAGGCCGGACCCGUCCAGCCUCCUGGGGGGCCUCUUCCCAGCGCGGACGUGUUGGCUGUGCCCUGCAGCUCGCUGCCAGGGAAGUCAACAGGGGGGAAGCAGCCUGCAGACCCCCGGGCCAGCCCUCCAGGUCCGCUGGUAGGCACCAAGGUCACCGGAAAGAAGCCUCCAGGAGGUCCAUCAGGGAGUGCUUCUCCACGAUCUGCAGGCAGGCGGCCCUGCCGCACGCUGCCAGGAGAGACAACAGAGGGGAAGCAGCCUGCAGACCCCCGGGCCUGCCCUCCAGGUCCGCUGGUAGGCACCAAGGUCACCGGAAAGAAGCCUCCAGGAGGUCCAUCGGGGAGCGCUUCUCCAAGAUCUGCAGGCAGGCGGCCCUGCAGCUCGCUGCCAGGGGAGACAACAGGGGGGAAGCAGCCUGCAGACCCCCAGGCCAGCCCUCCUGGUCCGCUGGUAAUCACCAAGGUCACCGGAAAGAAGCCCCCAGGAGGUCCAUCGGGGAGUGCUUCUCCACGAUCUGCAGGCAGGCAGCCCUGCAGCUCGCUGCCAGGGGAGACAACAGGGGGGAAGCAGCCUGCAGACCCCCGGGCCAGCCCUCCAGGUCCGCUGGUAGGCACCAAGGUCACCGGAAAGAAACCUCCAGGAGGUCCAUCGGGGAGCACUUCUCCAGGAUCUGCAGGAAGGCGGCCCUGCAAGAGGAAACAUCCUCUACCGCACACACCACAGCUGGCUCCUCUGCAGCUGCCCCUGCAAUGGGGUCGUGGUGAGUUUCCCCCACCACCAAAGCUCCCCUCUUUAGCCACCACAAACUUGCAAGCCACCAACAACACGCAGGUGCCAACCAAUAACAUCCCACCAAGAGGAGUAUGA